AGCAUUGUGUCAUAUGGAGGUGCCACUGAUAGACAAUCCACUGUUUAACUGAUGCAGACGGCACCUGAUAAAAUUUUUUUCUCUCCCAAGAAAAAUGGCGUUUUCCAGCUUGAAACAUCUUCAGCAUAUGUAUACUCGCAUUAUCAAUGCUUCUGUCUUUCUAACAUGGAUAGGUAUUAUCAGCGCUAAGCUGUUGAUAUUCAGCUCCAUCUCUCCAAGCCGGUAUCAGUCGAUUUUUAGCGGAACAGACCGGGACGCCGGGGCUCCCGCUAAAAAAUCCGGCUUCCGACGAAUCAGCGCCGCCCAAUUUCCAUCACAGGCAUUUUUUUUUCUCAGGCUGCGCAUUGGACCGUUGCAGCCUCAGGCCACGACCAAAACUUUCGGCAAUUCAUCGCACCCAGUUUAGCCCAGAGACGGUCCAGCCAAGCAAACGGGCGAAAAGACCUCAAAACCAACCACAACCGUCCUCGGGUCUCCCUCUCUUCUCCUUCUCCGUUGUUCACGAUGGCGCCUCUCG